AUGUCUUCCAUGCGCAACGCCGUUCAGCGGCGGCAACACCGCGAGCGUGGCCAGGUCGGGGGGCGCGAGAAAUGGGGCCUUCUUGAGAAGCACAAGGACUACUCUCUUCGCGCAAAAGACUACAACGCCAAAAAGGCCAAGUUGAAGCGCCUCGAAGAGAAGGCGCGUGACCGCAACCCCGAUGAAUUUGCCUUUGGAAUGAUGGGAGGCCGAAAUCGAACACAAGGGAAACAUGGACGGGGCGUCGGCGCUACGCGAGACUCGGCCGAGGCACGCGGGCUGGGCCACGAUGCCAUCAAGCUGCUCAAGACGCAAGAUAAAGGAUAUUUGCGGACAGUGGGCGAGCGGAUACGGCGAGAGCUGGAGCGCCUGGAGCGUGAGGUGCAACUGCAGAAUGGGAUGAACAAGUCAUUGGAUGGGAAGAAGAAAAAAGACCAGAAAAGCGACGACGAAUUUGACGGAUUCGACGAUGAUCUCGAGGACUUUGAUUUUGGCCCUCCAGAAAAGCCCAAAUCGCGCAAGACGGUGUUUGCAAAUGACUGGCGGGAGCAACGAGAAAUCAAGAGACAACGGACCAAGGAAGAACAACCCGACAGUAUGAAAGACGAGGGCGUGAAGCCCAACGACCACACCAAAAAGACCCCGAGACAGCUCGAGGCGGAGCGGCAGGCCCUCGUGGAGGCACGUCGGGCUCGCAAGAUCCGGAAGCGUGCGGUCGAGGCGCGUCAAAAUAAGCUGACAGCGCUGCGCAAACAAUAUGCCGAGAUCCAGGCAGCUGAGCAGGAGCUGGAUUGGCAACGCGGUAAGAUGGAGAACUCUGUGGGGGGCACCAAUAAGCACGGUCUCAAAUGGAAGAUCCGAGAGCGCAAGCGUUGA